AUGACCUCAAAGUUUCCCAAGGUAGUGGGAUACGAACUGGUGCAACAGAUUGGUGGAGGAGGCUUUUCGACUGUAUACCGCGCAGUAAACUUCGAAGACCACCGCGUAGCAGCAUGCAAACUCGUCCUACUCACUCCCUCCACCUCAGAAAAAGAGCGCAAAAACAUUGAAAAGGAGAUGAGAGUCCACGCGGCUUUGAAGCAUGCCAACGUUCUGGAGUUUUUGAACGCUGUGGUGGUUGAACAGAAACAUAGGGAUGUUUAUGUUCCGGGGAUUUAUAUGUUGUUGGAGUUGGCGGCUGGGGGUGAUUUGUUUGAUAAGAUUGCCCCCGACGUGGGUGUUGGUGACCAAGUGGCCCAUUAUUAUUUCAACCAACUCCUCGCUGGUAUGGAAUACAUCCACUCCCAAGGCGUAUGCCACCGCGACCUCAAGCCCGAAAACCUCCUCCUAGACGUAGCAGGCACUCUCAAAAUAUCCGAUUUUGGCUUAUCGGCGGUGUAUAAGCUCAAGGAAUCGGGAAAGACGAGGACGUUGACGGAGAGGUGUGGGAGUUUGCCUUAUGUUGCGCCGGAGUUAAACAGCGACGCGCCGUACCUGGCGGAACCGGUGGACGUUUGGGGCGUUGGGGUGAUCUUGUUCACUUUGUUGGCUGGAAACACACCAUGGGACGAACCAACAAUACACAGCCCUGAAUUCGUGCGAUACGUCUCGGGCGCGAUAUUUCGAGAGUUGCCUUGGUGUCGGUUGGGUGAGGAGGCACUGUCGCUUCUUCGAAGUCUACUCGCCGUGGACCCGUCAAGAAGGAUAAAUUUGGCGGAGGCGGCUAGCCAUUCGUGGUGUUUACGACCGAGUCAACUGGCAAACAAAGGCCCUCUAGCGCUCGCGGACAAGCUCACAGAGUCUUUGAGGGAUAAUGGGGAUUUAGGGUUGGCAGCACCCGAUUUUGGGAGACGAUUUUAUUUUCUUCCCACUUUCGGUUUUUUUUUUUUUCGUCGAUGCCUUGUGGCCUUUAAUUCCGGCCUUUCGUUUUUUUGCUUUCUUUUGCAGCCUUGCUUCCUCCGGACAUCUCGUCGCCGUUCAUCCUUUCGUUGCGUAUCUUCCCCACCUUUCGGCCUAUCGAUAUACAGCCUUUUUUUUGGCCGGCUUUCUUCCUUUCGCCGUCUUUCGGCCCUUGACCUCCUUCCUUCCUUUUGCUGUCGCCGUCUAUCUUCUGCCCGACAUCUUCCGACUUCUCGACUUUUCGAGGCCUCUCUUCUCUUUGGCCGCUUCCUCUCUUUCCCCUUCUGA